AUGGCCGACUCCAGUCCAUCGACAUCGGGCACGGCGACGCCCACCAAAGAUCAUAUAAUGUCUUCACAAGAGGUGCCGGCCCCGGCUAUUACCAGCACUACCACCACCAGCCAACCGCCGCCGUCGCCGUUACCUCCAGCACAAUCCGCUGGGGACCCAGAGAAGAAAGCCGGCGCGCCACCGGCUUACUCGGCCUUUUCGCCAUGGCGGAAGCGCUUCAUCCUCACAGUUGUCACCGUGGCUGGUUGUUUCGGGCCUCUGGCCGGCAACAUCUACCUCCCUGCUCUGCCCGUCUUGGAGAAUGAAUUUCACGCAAGCGCAACGGCCAUUAACGUUACCGUGUCCGUUUUCAUGCUCACCUUCGCCUUCGGUCCUCUAUUCUGGGCCAGCUUCGCCGAUUGGAAGGGCAGAAGACCACUAUACAUCAUCUCUCUCUCCAUCUAUAUUAUUGCCAAUAUCCUUCUGGCUGCAGUACCAGCCAACUAUGGCGCUCUUGUAUUUCUUCGUAUCGUCCAGGCCUUUGGGUCUGCGGCUGUCGUGUCGAUGGGCGCCGGCACUGUCGCCGAUGUCCCCAGCUCGGACCUGUCCUCGGUCCAGUGA